GGCCUUGACCCUGGUCUGCUGACCAUGCUGAAACUAGCCCCGGAAGGGGAGGGACGGUCACCUCCCCUGGAGAAGCAGCGUAGGUUCUCACCCCCUGGAAGAGCCGAGCUGGGCUGCACCGACCCUGCGGCUCCUGCCCCCGCGCCUCCCAGAUUCCCUCUCGAAAGUCCAGACCCCGUUUUUUGGAGCAGGACUUUGCAGAGCUCAGUCCAAGGCAGGAGCUGACCUCUCAGACCAGCCCAGCCCCAGACUGGAACCCUGAAAGGCGAGGGGUCCCGGGGCCACGAUGCUCUGAGACCCAGGGAUCCGCGGGGAACCCCCGUGCAAUGGCGCUGAACCGCCUGAGGGCGGUUAUCUUCUCCUGAGACCAGAGGCAGAUUCGCAGGGAUGGAGUCCCAGGUGGCACCCAUGGAUUCUGGCGCCGGGGAGGAAGGUGUGGCUCUGGCCAUCUCCCCCCUGGGGCCCGGCGAGAAGUUCCACCUGUUCGUGAGCUACAGCAGCGUGGACGCCACGUGGACCCACGGGCUCAUCGGCCGCCUGGAAGCGGACCUCGCGGGGCUGAGGAUCUGCCUGCACGAGCGGGACUUCACCCCCGGGAGGAACGUCCUGGAGAACAUGGCAGAGUGCAUCCAGCAGAGCCAGAAGGUGCUGCUGGUGCUGAGCCAGGACUUUGUGCAGAGCAGGUGGUGCCUCCUGGAGGCCGACCUGUCGCUCUUCGGCUCCUGCUUGGAGAGGAAGCCGGUCAUCCCGGUCCUGCUGAGGCCCUGCCAGGUCCCGCUGCACCUCAGCCACCUGACGUACCUGGAGGCGGCAGACAGUCGCUUCUACUGCAAACUGAUGCAGCUCCUGCUCAUGCCCAACCACCGCCUGGAGCGCUCCCUGCCCGCCUGGCGCCCUGCCUCCUCCCUGUACAGCGGGAAGAGCCUCCUGACCCUGAACUGCGUCAACAGGGACAGCCUGCCCUCGUGGAAGGUGGGCACCUUCAGCACCCUGGGCCUCCCCGACCCCUUGAAGGGGGUGUUGGAGGACCCCGAGGUAUACAAGCAAGCCGUGGGCAUCCUGAACGGGGUGCGGUCCCCCAGGUCCUGCCUCCGCUACCUGGGCUGCAGGGUCACGCUGGCCAUCUUCCUGUUUCUUGUCGGCUUGGCGCUGCUCGCCAUGCCCCUGAUUUUGGGCUUCCUGGGAAACUCGCCAGCUCAGCGCUUCUUCUUCAUCUCCGCCACCAUAUUUUUCUGCCCCCUCUUCUUCAUCAUGGGAGUGAACAGCCUGUGCUGGUUCAGGAGGUUUUCUAAGAAGAAAAUGCGGGAGCUGGUGCUCCGCGUGGGGGAGGCCAACCUCCUGCUGGCGCCGCACUCACUGCUGAUGGGCUGCGAGUCCAUGAACAAGCUGCACUUCGUGUACGUGCUGCUGGGCGACUGCCGGCGGGUCUUCCUGGAGGCCGCGGGGAGCGAGGCCGAGGCCGAGGCCCUGUUCCGGGAGGCCCUGCUGCAGUUCUCCUGCGGCUACGCCUGCUGCGUGGCCCACGCCUACUUCCCCGCCUGCGAGGAGGUGCACGGAGCCCACGGCCACCUUGAGCUGGGCCUGUGCUUCUGCCAGUUUGUGGCCCUGCAGCUGAAGGCGCGCCAGGGCUGCAGGGUUAGCGCCGUGUGACGGCAGUGCCUUGGGUUGGCCAUCCGGCUGCCCCUCAGCUGGCCAUGCGGGCAAGGCCUCGAAGAGGUGCACAGGGGCCCCAUGCCCAGCCCGAGGGCGCCAUGGCCGCUCUGAAGGCAGAGGAGGCGGGGGAGCGUGGCAGGGUGCCUUGGGACCCCAGGUGUCCUGCUCCUCCGGGGGAAACGCUUGGUGCCUUCCUCUGGACAGCUGGUUAGUGUCCAGGGGCCGGGACGGAGCAGACUGGCUCGCCGCGGCCCCGCCCCGAGCACUCUUCCAGGCACCUGCCCCUCACGCUGCCACACGGAGUGUAGGGGAGGGCCCGGCCCAUUGUGAAGACCUGGGGCCGUCCAUCCUUCACCGCCAGGGUGCUGGACACAGAUAAACACACUGCUCACACUGUCCACCCUGAGAGCCUGUGUGGCAGCCACAGCCAUCCUUGGCUGGAAACCAGGCCUGCGUCCUCUGCACGUGGACACCGGUCGGACCCGGGGCUGCAGUGCCACCUGCUGGUGCCGUGUCCUCUGUCCGCAUCCGCUGAGGGCGGACUUCAGGGACUGCCACAGACGCUCUUCCCAACAUGAUAGAGAGGCGUCUGCAGACAAGAACGUGAAAAACGUGAACCGGUUCUGGAUGUGGGGACACAACAGCUAGUGUCCUGGCCAAGCCGCACAUCCGCCCUGUGUCCACCUUGUGUCCCCCUGUCCCCACCGGUGCCUGCCCCAUGCCCGCCCCAGCAGUGAGAGCUUUGCCCCUCACACCGGCACCCCUGUGAGCACCAGGCAGGGUCUGCAGGCCCUGCGCUCCAGUGGUGCCCCAGGGCAGGACUUUGGACGUGAGGAGUGGCCCCGGGGUGCUGCCUCAGCUCCUCUGUCUAUAAAAGAGCAGCUGGCAGGUGAGCUCCCGACGGAUUUGAAGCUGGCGCUGGGUGUUCCUGGCACCCCUAGGGAGCCCUCUGCACAUGGCCAGGGGCUGCACUGGUUGGCAGCCUCACAUCUGUCUUGUGUGACCAGUGACCCGGGGGCCUGAUGCCACCCCUUGCCUCUCCCACGAGCGCAGGCCCCAGACUACAGCCACCAGACGACAAGCAAAUGAAGCCCCCGAUCUGACCCUAGCAGCCCUCACGGUCAGCAGUGUGCCUGCCUCCCGGGGCCUCCUCUUGGCACCCCUCACAUCAGGCCCCCACCCUGCACCACGGAUCUUACCGAACCCCACUCUUUUGGUUUGAACUGACCAAUGUGGUCCUAGUCAGGAACCCAAAGCACUCCCCCCCAAAGCAGGGCGGGAGUCCCAGAUCCUGCCUCUGCCCACACCCGGCCUGGACGUGGCCUCUGCAGGCACGCGGGCACUUCCUCCAGGCCUUGUGAGCAAACCAAAUCCUCGAUUUCAACUUGUCUUGUGCAAGAACAGCAGGUCUUGAGAUCUGCUGUUGAAGCAUGGCUCCCCGUCACCUCCGCACACUGAACACGUGUGAGCUGGGCACAGGCUGGACGGCUCCCUCUGUCCUGACGCCAGGACUCCCGGGACGGUCCCUCUUGAGAGGAGCAGAAAAGGGAGGGGUUCUGGUCAAGAGGACAGUGUAAGCAAAGGCACAAAGCAGGACCCCAGGCCACAAGAGGAGCUGCCAAGUAGGGGAUGGUCCUGUGAACCCCAGGGCCCAGUGGGUGGCUUUGGGUGCCAGAACUUUUUUCCGGGCAGUGCUUGGCAUCAGGAUCCAUUCCAAGGGGUCCCAGCACCGUGAUGGACUUCAAGAGACCUCAGGUCUCUGCGAUGUCUGAAGCAGGGGGUGUAGUCUGGGCCCCAGGCCGAGAGCCUCCCGGGAGCAGCCCCUGCAGGUGCAGUGUGGGGCAAGGACACGACAGGCCCGUCCCUACCCGCUCUGUGCACGGGAGGCCCCCACGAGCACUGAACGGCCUUCUCCAGGUCACAGCGGCUGUACCCACUGUGGCUGUGGGUCGCCCCGAACCUGGCUGUGCUGGUGGGCGCAUGAGCCUUGCAUGGAGCUAGGUGACAGGCCAGGCCUUUCGAGACCUGGACUGCUGGCUGCAGCACAGAAAUCCCGGGGGACAGUGCUGGGCGCCUGCCGGCUGAGGCCUAGCCGUGUGCACAGGCGCCCACACACACACACACGACCCUCCUACUCCUUGGGUAAACCGCGUGCUAACAGUGUAUUCCUACCCGGCGGCGCUGUGCAGCGUGGAGACGACAGAUGGACAAAACAGAGACGACAAAGGCCUGUCCCUUCAAAAGGACGUGACACUUGAGUCAUGAAAUGACACACUUGUGAGCACAAUAAAGAAAAAGGUUUAUAUGAA